AUGGAUAUCGAAUUAACACCCAGAUUGGCGAAGAAAGUUUAUGGUGGAGAAGGUGGAGCUUAUUAUGCAUGGUGUCCUGAGGAGCUCCAAAUGCUGCGUGAAGGUAACAUAGGCGCCUCUAAGCUUGCUUUGGAGAAGAAUGGGUUUGCUCUGCCUCGGUACUCUGAUUCAGCCAAGGUCGCUUAUGUUCUUCAAGGCUGUGGAGUUGCAGGAAUUGUCCUCCCUGAGCAAGAAGAGAAAAUUGUUGCCAUCAAGAAGGGUGAUGCCAUUGCCCUCCCUUUUGGUGUUGUGACAUGGUGGUUCAACAAAGAGGACACUGAGCUUGUGGUUCUCUUCCUGGGAGACACUUCAAAAGCCCACAAAGCUGGUUCAUUCACUGAUUUCUUUCUGACGGGGACUAAUGGCAUUUUCACUGGCUUUUCAUCUGAGUUUGUGGGCAGGGCAUGGGACUUGGAAGAGAAUGUUGUGAAGUCCCUUGUUGGAAAGCAAACGGGGAGUGGCAUUGUCAAGCUCGAUGCAGCCUUUAAGAUGCCUGAACCCAAGAAGGAACAUCGAGAUGGCAUGGCAUUAAAUUGUGAGGAAGCACCAUUGGAUGUCAACAUUAAGAAUGGGGAAGGGUUGUGGUGUUGA